AAGCUCUUAAGUGCUCUUCGUCUAAUGCCGGGCCCCCCAUUGUCUGGGCACGAGUGGAUUUGCGGAAGCCUUCUGCGAGAAGAAGAGAUGGAGGAUGGAUUGUACUGCGUCGCAUGGCCCGUUGGUGAAGGAUUCAGCGCGAUCAAGUUACUGAGACGAACCUGACGCAGGUGCGGCUGAGCAAUUUUAUUUGAGCUUUCAGCAUGUAUGUGGAAGUUCGUUCUAUAGGUUCGUGGUGUAAGCGUUCUGCGUAACACAAUGUCAUUCAUUCAAGCUUUUUGAGUGAUCAGAGCAUUCGGCAAUCCCUCAGGUACUGAGAACUAUCCAGAUACAAAGUGAUUCAGUCUCAUCCUCCUCAUGGUUACACGUGGUAGAUAUCUCACCUCACGCAAUGCUUAUCCUCUCUCUCUCUCUCUCCAUUCGGCCUGGUUGCCGAGGCUGGAGUCUCAACCCCCAAACCUUUCUCAGAAAUCACGUGGACAAACAGAUGGACACCCUUUGCUUCUCUUGGCCAAACUCUGACUGCGUAGCAAGUUGCCCAAGACUAGCUCGCCAACCUGGAGGGAGACUUUUAAGGAUGUGAUGACAUGCUCAAAAUGAGCAUUUGUACCCAUCAUGCAGUUCCUGGGUUGGUUGCGCCCCUCCUCCGGAAGAUUCCUCAAAACGCAAAAGCAUGCCGAUUGUGCCGCAUCUGCAGGCAGCACUACCAGUGUUUGGCCUUGUUUGCACCGAAGUCGAGGUGCAGAGUGUUUGGCCUAUUUCAGCAUCAAGUCCCUCAAGAUCAGGAAAGGCGUUGUCAAAUUGUGCGAUGUUGACGCGGCUCUCGGUGGAGGAUGUGCGGCUGAAUGGUCUCCCACUUGUUCUCAGUUCGGUAUGGAGAUUGGUAGCUUGUGGGAGGUCCUGCAGCUGGGUCAACUAGAGCCGGUCAUGGCGAUUGCUGGCAGGUAGCGGGAUUCUGCUUGCAUCCACCGCACCUGUUGCUUCUGUUCCUUUUGUCGCAUAGGAUGCCUUGGCUUUGAGAAUGCUGUCAGAGCAAACCCACAGCUUGAGACACAAGACUACAAGACUCCAAAGCCAUCCUUUCAAUCACGUGGAACAAGCCUUAGCAAGUGUUACACCUUCGGUAGGAGCUUUUAGAGUUUCCCAAGAUGAACCUGGAAGGUUCAGCACCUUUGGUGAGUGAUGACCGAUUGUAGUUCUGAAAAGGUGACUGAGUGCCUAAACAAAUCACUUUGCAGACGCUUUGCAAAAUGAAUUUCCAGAAUGAUGUUUUGAGGGUAGGAUGUGUCAGACAUGGAGUGCCAUUGAGCUGUCGGGCAUCUCUGGAAAGCUUGAGUGCAUGCCCGUUGCAAAAAUAACGAUUGUCAGAUCUGCUGACCUUUUUGUGGCACAAGGCCUGCCAUGAGGACAUGGCUGAGCCAGGAACCCAAUCUCUGUCACGCAACAGUG